AUGGAAGAUCCCGUGGGUAGGAAAGAAAAUGCCGACAAGACUGAAAUUCUCCGCAAAAUAGAUUAUUUCUUCACGGCAGUAUUCACCGUGGAACUGGUAUUAAAGCUGAUCACCUACGGUUUCAUCUUGCAUAAGGACGCCUUCUGCAGAUCUGCGUUUAAUCUUCUUGAUUUACUUGUUGUCAUCGUUUCUUUAGUCUCUUUGGCAGGGAGUUCCUUUGGUUUUAUAAAGAUUCUGAGAGUAUUCAGAGUGUUGAGACCGCUGAGAGCUAUCAACAGAGCAAAAGGCUUGAAGGGAAAAUUUUCUAGAUGUAGUGAUAUCACGAAAAUCACAGAAGAAGAAUGCCAAGGUUCUUACCUUGUCUACACCAAUGGUAAACCCACUAUAGAAGAUAGGAUUUGGACAGUGAAUAAGUUCAAUUUUGAUGAUGUUCUAAGCGGAAUGCUCACUCUCUUUACCGUAUCUACAUUUGAAGGGUGGCCUGGUUUAUUAUCUACUUCAAUGGAUUCAAAUGAAGAAAAUCAUGGACCCAUUGAAAAUUCUAGACCCCUAGUGGCGUUCUUUUACAUCAGUUAUAUUAUUGUUAUAGCAUUUUUCAUGGUAAAUAUCUUCGUAGGUUUUGUCAUAGUUACAUUCCAAAAAGAGGGAGAACAGGAAUUCAAAGAUUGUGAAUUGGAUAAAAAUCAAAGAAAUUGCAUUGAGUUUGCGUUGAAAGCUAAGCCAAUCAGAAGAUAUAUUCCUAAGCAUCGAAUCCAGUACAAAACUUGGUGGUUUGUCACGUCGCAGAGGUUCGAGUAUGUCAUAUUCUUCUUCAUUGUGUUGAAUACCGUCGCUCUUAUGAUGAAAUUUCACGAAGCGCCUGCCGAGUACAAGAAAAUACUUGAUAACCUGAAUAUGGCGCUGACAACGGUAUUUAUGUUGGAGUUUGUAUUCAAAUUGGCAGCUUUCAGAUUCAAGAAUUACUUCGGCGAUGCAUGGAACACCACAGAUUUUAUAUUAGUGGUGGGAAGUAUCAUAGAUAUAGUAGUUACACAGGUUAAUGAAAAUAAAAACAAACCAGAGAUAGAGCAAGUCUUACCACUGAAAAAGACUGACGAGUUGUUUGGUAAAAUUGCUCCAGAUGAAUCUGUUAUAACAAGACAUAAUAACUUCCAAACAUUUGGCAGUGCAUUGAUGGUUCUCUUCCGAUCAGCAACAGGUGAAGCGUGGCAAGAAAUUAUGAUGGCAUUAUCCAAUAAUAUAUUGGAGAGACCAGGGGAGCCGCCUGCUUGUUUGGAUUCAGAUGGCAAUAUUGACGUGAACGACGUCAACACUGGAGGCUGUGGUACUUGGCUGGCGUUCCCGUAUUUCAUAUCAUUCUCUUUGUUGUGUACAUUUUUGAUUAUUAAUUUAUUCGUUGCUGUCAUUAUGGACAAUUUUGAUUAUCUUACUAGGGAUUGGUCAAUAUUAGGUCCACAUCAUCUUGACGAAUUUGUGAGAUUAUGGAGCGAAUACGAUCCAGACGCCAAAGGAAGAAUCAAACAUUUAGACGUAGUAACACUAUUAAGAAAAAUAAGUCCACCUUUAGGUUUUGGUAAACUAUGUCCUCAUCGGACUGCGUGUAAACGCCUUGUAUCAAUGAAUAUGCCACUUAAUUCUGACGGUACUGUCAACUUUAACGCAACUUUGUUUGCUGUUGUGCGAACACAACUGCAGAUCAAAACUACGGGUGUUAUCGACGAAUGUAACACCGAACUGCGAGCGAUCAUAAAGAAAGUGUGGAAACGAACAUCAUCAAAGCUCUUGGAUCAAGUUGUGCCCCCACCAGGUGAUCCGAAUGAGAUAACAGUUGGCAAGUUUUACGCUACAUUCCUCAUACAAGAUUAUUUCAGAAGGUUCAGAAAACGUAAAGAGCAGGCAGCCGCUGCAUCGACACAGAACACUCAGAUGACGCUCCAGGCAGGUCUCCGCACUUUGCACGAGGCCGGUCCAGAAUUGAAGCUGAAGAGAGCCAUAUCUGGGAACCUCGAUGAAAUAGUACCGGAAACUGUAGAACCAAUGCAUAGGCGUAAUCACACACUGUUUGGAGCUGUUUGGACAAGUAUCAAGAAACACGGUCGUGAGAGCUUUUAUGGGCGUGACAAAAAGACUGUUCCACCUUCAGUAAAACUUAAAAUGCCCAGUAAAGAAGAAGGUCAAUCGCUGAGUUCUAUGAUGAGAAGAGAACUUGGUAUGGAUGGCAAAAUUCCAGAAGAGGAAGCGAAAUUUGAAGAAGGCAACCAGAGUGAUGAAGAAAUAGCGAUGACGCCAUUACUACAAGGGAAGGACUCCGAACGGAUAUUCAGAGCUAUAGAAAAAACUUCCAACGAUUUAGUGCAGACUAUCAGAAAUAAUAGUAAGUGGGUUUUAGUGUGGUUUGAUCGUUUGCUUAUGCACCAUGUACUGACGGAGCAGGGGCUUGGCAAGUACUGCGACAUGGAGUUCAUCCAGAGUACCUUGCGUGAGAUGCAGGAGGCGCUCGACCUCACUCAGGAGGAGAUGGAUACUGCCGCCAAUCAUAUAAUAUUGCAAGAAAGAAAAAUUAAUGCAACACAAAAUGACAAUGUGGAGAAUCUAUUCUCCCGGCAGUAUCAUCCGUUCCAUCAGCCACCUAUGCAGCUACCGGCAAGAAAGAAAUAAGAGAAUAUUUUUAAUAUUUUGGAUUCCCAUUUCGGCCUGCACGGUUGGCAACCGUGUAGGUUUUUUUAAACCCUAAAUCAGGGUUUUUGGACUAAACAGGCCAGAGGCUUGUUUUUAGACAGUUCUAGGCAGAGGAAGAAAUUUUUUGAUGAAUGUUUGUAUAUAAAAUGCUUGAUCCCAUGGCAACGAUAUGUAGUUAAUAUGGUUAUUUAUACCCUUAAUUAUAAGAAAUAUGUGUUUAAGCGAAAUGAUAUGGUAUCCCUUUACCAUUUGACAGUGCUAAUAUUUCCUUUUUUAUUAUUUGUAUUUUUAUAUUGUAUUAAAUAGUAAAUUUUAUGAUGAGUCAAACUAUUUAAGAACGAGAAAUUUUAAUGAGCCUAAUAUUAAUUGUUAUUUUAAACUAAAUAUUUGAUGAUAUUCAGCUGUAUUUUUUUGUAUAAGACAUGCCUAUUAUAUAGCGAUGUGCCUUAUUCAAAAUAUUCCAAAGUAUGAAGACGAAAUAAUUGUGCCAAAUAUUUUUGCCUUAGAUUUUAUAUAUAAAUAUGUAUAACUUUCCCUUGUGUAUAUAUAUAUAUAUAUACUUUUAUAUUUUUUAUUUAACGUUUACAAUUAUAUUUUAUAUGUUAAUGACUAUUAUCAUGAUAUAUAAUCAAAUAAGUUUGUGAUAGAUUUUCAUAAUCUAGGUAUGAUAUUUACACACAUUCAUUUUCACUAAACUAGAACAAGACAUAGAUGAACU